AUGAAAAGUUUAGCGUAGAAUGUGUAAAUAUAGAAAGUUAUUAAAACUGUAAAUAACCUAAGAGAUACUAUGGAUUAAAGGGUAUCAAUUUCAAUUGGACUUGGUCUUGCCUUUGCAGUAAUUGGAUAUAAAAUAUUUAGAAAUAAAGGUAAUGAUUAAUAAUAAUCAACAUAAUAAACACCAGAAGUAGUUGAAUAAGAAAAAUAAUCAUAAAAUUCAAUAAACUCUGAAGAAAAUGAUAUUAUGGAAAUUGAAGAAAAUAAAUAAUUAGAAAAAUAACAAUAAUAAUAAAAGUAAAGUGAACCAAAAUCAAAGAAAAAACAAUUUAUAUAAAAAAUUAAUCAAAAGACUAAAAAACAAUUUUAGACAGAUAAUGAAAUGCCUGCCCCUAAAUUAGUGAUUGAAAAACAAAAUUCUUUAAAAUAGGAAAAAAAUGCAGAUGAUAAAUUAUUUUUCUAAAUAUACUAAAAAAUGAACUAAGAAGCUUCAAAUGAAGAUUCAUGA